AUGGCCGCCGGCUGUUUGCUCGAACAAGGAGUUCUAGGUGGGGAUUGUCCUCUGCUCUCUCCUCACACGUUCCAGGUCCAUCUGUCUGCCCAGACAGUUCUUCAUUUCGCAACAACACAAGUAGCGGCAAUGUCUUCCGAGUCCGCUGAACCAUCGUUGGCGCAGUCUGCCCGCGACAUCGUCCUGGCACCGAUUCUGUAUCCAAAGCUCUGCCUGAAGUGGUGCUUGCCUCCUUUUACGUGUUUUCUGUGCUUCUGCUGCCAAAGCGUCUUGCUACAUUUAACGACGGUGAAGUUUGUCAAUCUGCAUGAGCAGAAAGAGCCACUCGCGCAGGAUGCAGGCCACCUAGCCUUGGGGAAGGCUGAUGUUCCCAUGCAGCUCCUAGACAUGAUUUCCGGCGGCGUCCUGAUGUGCUUCGUGGCUGGUGCCGUACUUCUUCGUGACUUGAGGACCUGGAGCAAGUUGUUCUUCUGCAAUGGCAUACUCUUCGUCCUCAAAGGAGUCUUCGACUACGUCACAGUCCUCCCCGACUCGAUUGGGAUGGAUAAAUGUCAAGCAAGGCUGGGCGUCGCACCACUGAAGGAGUUCGAGAGACUUGGCAAACUCAGCGGCCAAGAAUUCAUCGAUGCCAUGAUCUCCUUGGAGCUUCGUGGCGUGGGCGGGACAUGGCCGGUUCGGUACUGUGCCGAUAUGCUCUUGAGCGGUCACACCUUCGUCAUGCUGCUCUAUUUGCUGGCCGUGGCUGAUCUCGGGCAGCGGGCGACGCUGCUGAUGGAAUCUCCUCAGAGAGAAAUCUGCCAGGCACUCAUUGGUAUCUUUGCACUUUGCUGCACCGCAGCCGAUCUGUACUUGAUUGUGAUCAAUCACUUCCACUACACCGUGGAUGUUGUCAUGGCCAUCGUGAUGACGUUCUUACUCUACACGAAUGCAGGCAUGGCCGUGGUGGUUCAAUGGUAUGCUUCUGAACACGGCGAGGGCAGUCGGAAUACAGAAGACAAUGGAAUGGUGUGGGUUCCGACAGCGAUGUUUCCUUUCUGCUGCUUUGGUGGGUACUACAAAGUCAAAAAGCUUCAGUCAAAGGAGGUUCUCCAGCGCCAGGCAGCGGAUGGAAGCGCGGCCUGGGAAAGGCUUGCCGGGCCUGGGCCGGAGGCCAAAGACUAUGGCACAAUGCAAGCCCCACAGGAGAAGACCGAGGCUUGGAACGACGAGCCCAAGAUGGUGAAUCGAUGGAAUACCCUGAUUCGCCUGGUUGCAAAGCGCCGCCGAAUGCAAGAUGUUUUCCAGGUCUACGAUGCCAUGCGAGCAUUGUGGGUUCGCGCGGAUCACGGGACCACGGAGUUUAUUGCAAGAGCAGCGGUGGCCACCGUGGAUCUUAGCGGCCUCGUGGACUCGUUUCAUACGAUGCCGCCAGCUCGAUAUCCCGAGGUCGUUUUUGUGGGCUGGUCCAACGUCGGCAAAAGCUCCUUAAUUAACUCUCUCCUCCAUCGCACUGCUGUGGCCCCCGUGUCCACGAUGCCCGGGAAGACGACUCAGUUCCAUUUCUAUACCAUUAACGAGCACAACGCAGCUUUCCCGAAGAUGACACUGGUUGACGUUCCUGGCAUUGGCGAGGCCAUGGCAGACGAGGUGCAGACGAGGCACUGGAGGCGAACUCUCGACUUGUACUUGAAAGAGCGUGGUCCGACGCUGCGCCAGGUUUUUCACUUGAUCAGCUGCGAGGUCUUGUUGCGUCGACAGAGACCAUCUCCUUUGGACAUUUCGGUGAUGGAGAUGUGCCUCCAUCACCGAAGCAAGUUCAACUUGGACUACACCUUGGUGAUCACAAAGAUUGAUCUCAUCAGGAGCAAGAAAGAUGCCGAGACUGUGUACGAGAACCUGUGCAAAGUUGUUCGCAGGCUUCGACUUGGCUCGGCCAAGAUUGUCCCGGCCAGCGUGCGCAGCACCACCGGCCGCGUGCUGCUUUGGAAACGCUUGUGGAGGUCCGUGGAUCCCGAGAACAGCACACACUCAUCGCAAGAUCUCAGCGCCCUCCGCCAGGAGGUGGAGCGGCUAGUCGAAGCCAAAGAUGCCGAGGCGUUGAUCGCACGAGCAAAGGAGGAGUCUGGAGAUGGAUGGGAAUGCAUCGUUCGGGGAAUCCUGGCUCUUGGAAGACUCCAUGAUGCCUGGCAGAUCAUCCAGGCCGGUCCGCAAAGAGCCCAAGGUUUGGAAGAGCAUGAAACUGCGGAGGAUGCCGAAGAAGACAUGGAGAUGCUCAAGGAGGGCCUUCUGGAGGCUGCGGAGGCCGGGGAAGAAGCUGAAAAAGACCAGGACGACGAAGAUGCACCAGAAGUGUCGGAGGACGAAGCAGGGGACUUCUUCGCCAUCCCAGAAGACCUAGAGUCUGAGCAGAUGGCUGCCAUGCAGGAGAGGGCGGCCCUUGCGGUGGGCGAGGCGGCUUUGGCACCGAAGAGCGAGGGCGGCGAGCCCUUGCUGGCCCCGCGUGACCCCGCGCUGGCCGAGGAAGUCGCAAUGUUGCUGAGCAAGGAACAUCGUGGGGCGGCGGCAGAGCUGCUGAUGGAGCAGGUCGUCGCAAUCGCGCGGCUCGAGAGUCUCGACUCCGGCCCUGGCCAGUUUCCUCGCAGCUUCGGAAAGCUCGAAGCCCUGCUGAAGCAGGCCAAGGAGGAUGCAAUCUUCACGCCCUGGAGCGCCGACCGCUGGAAUAGGUUGCUCCGAGUGGUCGGCAGCCAGGCCAACUUGAACGCGGUUGAGAGAGUGCUGGACUAUAUGUCGCAGUUUCAGGUCACUGGUGACCAGGAAACGGAUGCUGUCAUGGCCGAGUUGGUCGUUUCAUCCGUGGACUUGGGCGGGCAGGCACCUGGCCCCAGCGAGCUGGACCCAGAGCCAGGUUCCGCUCCCAAGGUCCUCUUCCUUGGUGGUCGUAGUUUCUCCUCGCGAAAAGGAGGCUGUCAUGGAGGGCUCCAGAUCCACUGA